AUGUUUGACACAUGUAACAAAUCUUGGUGGAAUGAAAAGACAAUAUUCAAAACAAGGAGAUUAAAAUGCAUGGCCGAGGGACCAGAUAGCGAUCGCUUCGGCACCGAUAAAUGCGAGCACUACAAGAAAAAGGGUUACUGCAGUUAUCCUUCUUACAAGUAUUUUAAGUGUCAGAAGACUUGUAGUAUUUGUGAAGUUAAUGGAAACUGGGGCAAUUGGGGAUCUUGGAGUCACUGUUCGAAUAGUUGUGGUGGCGGGCGGCAGGGAAGGAAACGGGAAUGUGAUAACCCCAGACCUGCCUAUGGUGGCCAAGGAUGUUCUGGUACAUCUGAGAAUUCCCGUGACUGCAACACUAACAAGUGUCCAGUUGAUGGGAACUGGGGAGAGUGGAGCCAAUGGAGCACAUGUACAAAGUCAUGCAAGCAGGGAAAGCAGUCACGAACACGAAAAUGUAACUCACCGGAAGCAAAGUAUGGUGGGAAAGCUUGCACAGGAGAUGGAGAGGAGACCAGAGUAUGCAACAAGGAUGUACCAUGUCCUGUGAAUGGAAACUGGGGACAAUGGGGACAAUGGAGCAUGUGCACGAAGACGUGCAAAGAAGGUAAACAAUCAAGAAAACGUGAGUGCAACUCUCCUGCCCCUCAGUAUGGUGGAAAAGCAUGUGAAGGCGAGUCAAUUGGAGUCCGUAUUUGCAACGCAAAUGUACCAUGUCCAGUUGACGGAAACUGGGGAGGAUGGAGUGAAUGGAGCACGUGCACAAAGACAUGCAAGCAGGGAAAACAGUCGAGAACACGUAAAUGUAACUCACCAGCUGCUCAGUACGGUGGAAGGAAAUGCGAUGGAGAGUCUAGCCAGACUCAAAUUUGCAACCAGAAAGUCCCCUGCCCUGUCGAUGGAAGUUGGGGAGCAUGGAGUGAAUGGAGCACUUGUACGAAGACAUGCAAGCAGGGAAAACAGUCCAGAACACGCGAAUGCAACUCACCAGCUCCUCAAUAUGGUGGAAAGAAUUGUGAUGGAGAUAGAAAGGAAUCACAAGUGUGUAACGAAAAAAUCCCCUGCCCAGUUUCAGUCGAUGGAAACUGGGGCGAGUGGGGUGAAUGGAGCACUUGUACAAAAACUUGCAAACAGGGAGAGCAGUCCAGAUCACGUAAGUGUAAUUUACCAACUCCUCAAUAUGGUGGAAGGAAAUGCGAUGGAGAAGGGAAAGAAUCACAAGUGUGUAACGACAAAGUCCCCUGCCCAGUCGAUGGGAACUGGGGAGCAUGGAGUGAAUGGAGCACUUGUACUAAGACAUGCAAACAAGGAAAACAGUCGAGAACACGUGAAUGCAAUUCACCAGCUCCUCUGUAUGGUGGAAAGAAAUGCGAUGGAGAAGGAAAGGAAACACAAGUGUGCAACGACAAAGUCCCAUGUCCAGUCGAUGGAAACUGGGGCGAAUGGAGUGUGUGGAGCACCUGUACAAAGACGUGCAAGCAGGGAAAACAGUCUAGAUCUCGUCAAUGUAAUUCCCCCGCUCCUAAAUAUGGUGGAAAGAAUUGCGAUGGUGAAGGAAAGGAGACACAAGUGUGUAACGACAAAUCACCUUGCCCAGUUGACGGAAACUGGGGAGAGUGGAGCGAGUGGAGCACAUGUACCAAAACAUGUAAGCAAGGAAAACAAUCCAGAACUCGGAAAUGUGACAACCCUGCUCCACAGUAUGGAGGGAGAAAAUGUGAAGGCGAAGCUGAUGAAAACCAAAUAUGUAAUGACAAGACCCCUUGCCCAGUGGAUGGAAACUGGGGCGAGUGGGGAGCAUGGACCAAAUGUAGCAAGUCGUGCGGGGGAGGAGAACACUCGAGAAAGCGUUUGUGCGACAGUCCUGCGCCUGCGCACGGAGGCAAGAUAUGUGAAGGGGCAUUUCGACAGAGGCGGCCUUGUAAUGAGAACAAUUGUCCAGUCGACGGGAGCUGGGGCUCGUGGGCUCCUUGGAGCGCUUGCAGUGCUACGUGUGGAUACGGAAAUCGACAGAGAAAACGUGUUUGCGAUAAUCCAAAACCAGCCUACAAUGGAAAGUCAUGCGUGGGUGUUGGGUAUCAGAAGGCAAGAUGCCACGCCUAUUAUCCUUGCCCAGUCGAUGGUAAUUGGACAAGUUGGGGAGCCUGGACUUCAUGCACCAAGACUUGUGGUCUGAGUUACAGGAAAAGAUCUCGUUCAUGUGCAAAUCCCCCUCCACAGUAUGGAGGCUCUGGUUGUGUUGGGCUUAAUGACCAGGUGGAACGUUGCAAGGACAAGCCCUGCCCAGGUUACUGA